GCGCCGGUGCCGCCGAUGGCCAAGCGCGGCGCGGAGCCGUUGGUGUGUCACGUGCCCUGUAAGCGCGUCCUGCGCGAGCCGCCGCCCCCGCCCCGCGCGGCCGAGAGGCGCCCCCGGGCCGAGGCGGCCGCUGCCGGCCCCGCCGCCGCCAAGCGGAAGCUGGAGGAGGCCGAGGCGCCGCCGGGCAAGCGGCACGGGCUGCGGGGCGGCGGGUCCCCCGCCGAGCAGGGCGGGGACGCGGCCACGGCCGCGGGGCGGCGGCGGCGGCGGGGGGCGUCGGAGGCGCAGGACGGGCGGACGGCGGAGGGAGGCAGCGGCCGGGGCAAGGAGGCGGCGGGCGACGAGCAAGAAGAAGAAUUCUGUCAAUAUAACUCAUUCCUGUAUUGGAGAACACCGUUGCCUGCCGUUGAUCUGUCUGAUAUUCAGAACCUAGAUGGAGAGACUACACCUGCAGAUAAAACUCCUUCAAGGACGGAUACCAUGGAGACUGAAAUGGAGACCUGAUCAGUUGUUUCAUAGUUGUGCCAUCUACUUGCAGAAAGCUUGUUUCUGUCUGGAUUCAGUAUAUUCUGCGUGGGAGAAAAAUCAAAGUGCUUCUGUCUUUUUGAAGAAACAGUGUUAUGUUAGUCUGCAAAGGCAAGUCUGGGUUGUCUAAGUUGGUGGAAUAAUCACUGUUAGGUACUCACCGAUAAGCUGGCUGGAGACCUAAGUCUACCUAUCCUUUGUGGAGGAGGCUAUGUUUGUCUAGUGAGAAUGCCUGAAAUCAUGGCAGCCAGCUAAAGGACAGCUACAGAACAUUAGAAAUUCUGGGUAUGAUUGUAAGAAAAAGUUGGGUAAGUUACAUAUGGAAGGGAAAUGGAAAAUCAUUUUGCUCAUCCUGAACAAAAAGUGUAACUAUGGUACCUGAAUGUGAAAUACUUAUCAUGUGAAUUUAUCAUAAAGCACACGAACUGUUGUGGUUUUUAGUGUGUUUUUUUUUAAUGUAAUAGUUAAGCCAAAAAAUAAAAGUCCACCAAAACCAGACAAAACAUUCCCUUUUCUAUGCAAACCAAAAAUGAGUGUGUUGGGGAUGAGAAAGGAAAAGGGGAUCUCUUCUUCGAUAAGCUGUCAGUGUUCUGAACGUUGUUUCACAGUCUUCUUGUGAUCACUCAAAGCAGUGGCAGCUAGCUUCCAAGUUUUUGGUCCAUUCUUAAGUUAAUGUUUUUCCUUAUGCUUUGUGACAUUAUACUAUUUGGUAAAGUUGAAAUGGCAGCUGCAUGCACGAUGUCACGAAAAGUUAAUGCAAUAUAAAAUUACCACAUACACUUUGUCAGAUCUGACUGAGGUUUAUUUUUUCCAGAGACUGUGGAUCUGCAAAAGACUUUUUUUACAGGAGGAGUUCGAUGAAUUAGUGCUUUUUGUUGUGAAAUAUGAAGUUACUGCUUAUCCUUUUGUUUAAUUUAUUUACAGGUUAAAAAACAAUUAGAAAUACCUGUCUUCAAUAAUAGAUUGAAAUUUAAAGUUGUAUUGGCAGAGUGUCAGACUUUGCAAAUGUGGUUUGUCUGUAGUUAUAGCUGACGCCAUAUUUUUACUGGAGUCAUCUUUGAAUAAGAAAACUUCCGUUUUUUAAUUUUAUUUUUAAUAAUGUAUUUGUUAAAAUGUCAAUAAAGUUUUGCCUGUGUGUAUUUGAAAA